GAAAAGAAUGAUCUCAUAAUCAUUGAUAUCAUUAACAAAUCUAUUGACUGUAAUAUAUAUUCAACUCAUAAUCAAAAUCAACCGGAAUUGACUGAAAAACGUAUUGAAAAGUGUCCACAAUUUAUGGACACAGAAUCGCUGUCCGUAACAGACGUCCAAUUGAGUCAAACACAGAGCCAAGACUUGCAAGACUUUAUGCAAUGUGUAGAUAGGCUUCGAAACAGUCCUCCCUCUCGGUUCCCGAUCCGCACGUUUACCGUCAAUAGUGAGGACUUGUGCUGUGCGGCCGUCACCGACGAUAUGAGCGCUUUGGCGCUGGGCUUCACUGACUCGACCAUUAGUUUGAAAAAAUUUGGGCAAAACUUUAACCGCGAAUCGCGUUUUGAACUCAAGAGGAAUGUCUGCGAUAUACGACUUAAUCUCAUCGAACACGACAUCGAAGACGUGAACAAUGAUCGUGAAGAUGACGAUAAUGACGACUACUGCCAUACUUCUGGUGCCAUAAACGGCGUCAAUACUUGUGAUACAAAUGAGUCGCCGACGGGUGACGUUCGUGAAGAUGCUUACCGUACACUCCGCGGUCACAGCGGACCCGUCUUAGGACUUAAAUUUUGCCCCCAAACGGACAUAUUGUUGUCGUGCUCUACGGACACAACUGUGCGCGCAUGGGAUGCCACGUCCGGCCAUAACGUGUCGCUAUAUAACCAUCAC